AUGGCAUCUCCCAACAACCACCGUGAACUUAUCCGGAGAGCCGCCGGCAGAAACAACCACCGGCCUCGGCCUGCCCGGCAACGAUCUUUCACCGGAGAUAUUGAACACGUUGCCGCAGAGACUUACUUAAUCACUCGCCUCGCUUUCACGCUUCUUCGAUAUCUCGGGGUUGGUUACCGUUGGAUUAUGAAAUUACUAGCUCUUGGAUGUUAUGCCAUGCUACUUAUGCCCGGUUUUCUACAAGUUGCGUAUUAUUAUUUCUUCUCGAGCAAGGUAAAGCGGAGCAUUGUUUAUGGAGAUCAACCUAGAAACAGGUUGGAUCUGUAUCUACCUGCUGAUAUCAGUAAACCUAAGCCAGUUUUGAUCUUUGUAACCGGGGGAGCAUGGAUUAUCGGGUAUAAAGCAUGGGGCUCCCUUUUAGGACUACAGUUGGCAGAAAGAGACAUUAUGGUGGCAUGCAUUGAUUACAGAAAUUUUCCUCAAGGAACCAUCAGUGACAUGGUAAAUGAUACUUGUCAGGGGAUUUCCUUCGUCAUUAACAACAUAGCUACUUAUGGAGGUGACCCUAAUAGGAUUUACCUUAUGGGACAAUCUGCUGGUGCACAUAUUUCGUCCUGCGCUUUACUGGAACAAGCAGCCAUAGAAUCUGGAAAUCGAGAUGGUGUUUCUUGGAGCGUUUCCCAGAUAAAAGCUUAUUUUGGUUUAUCAGGAGGAUACAACUUAUUGGAUUUAGUUGAUCACUUUCACAACCGUGGCUUGUACCGUUCCAUCUUUUUAAGUAUAAUGGAAGCUGAACAAUCUUUGAAGAAAUUUUCUCCCGAAAUCAAAAUUCAAGACUCGUGCAUCAAAGAUUCUAUUCCUCUCUUGCCCCCUAUGUUUCUCUUCCAUGGAACCGGUGAUUAUUCCAUACCAUCAAUUGCCAGUGAACGGUUUGCUGAUGCUCUUACAAAGGCAGGGGCAAGAGCUGAGCUGAUUCUAUAUGAUGGGAAAACACAUACAGAUUUAUUUCUUCAAGAUCCACUACGAGGUGGUAAAGAGGACCUAUUUGAACAUGUAGUUUCUAUAGUACAUGCCAAUGAUAGUGAUGCUCUUGCAAAGGACGCCACGGCACCGCCAAGAAAACGGCUUGUUCCUGAGAUUUUAUUAAAGUUAGCUCACAAUAUCAGUCCCUUCUAA